AGUGAACUGACAGAGGAGCUCGCCACAGAGGGAGAAAUAUUUGGACUUAACUUCCAGCAGCGUGGAGGGACACUGGAAGGCUUCUGUGAGUGGAUCUGUGUCACAGCAGGUACUCCACUACCUGUCCAAUCAGCGCUGCAGAGCAGUGUCAGGAUUACAGGUGUCUCUGCUGAGGAACUGAGGAGAACACGAGGUGGUUCUUCUGCAGUCACAGAACAGGACGAAACUCAUGGUCCAACAAACCCAGGCCAACCAACAAUGACCUUCAGAGAUUUGCCUGAUUGAGCAAUGACAGUAUAUGAAUUAUCUGGGAAUACAGUGGAAUUCUUGCCCAGUCCGUGCCAGCAGGUCAAAUCCAGCUUUGGACAUUCAUUCUCAACCUCAAACUAACCCAGUUUGUUUUUAACAUUGCUUUCCCUUUUUUUGACAAACACAUUCACUGAUGAUAACAAAGAGAUAUGUCACUAUAUUCCUGGUGGGAUCCUGCUUGUUAUUGGACCACUCCUCCCAAAUCCCUUUGCAGACUUCCCUCCACAACAGAACUAGCAGGGGUGCCAUUACAUUAUCUGGUGGAGGGAGGAAAAAUCUGAGUUUGAGGCCUUCUUUGGGGGAAGUUCCAUCAGUGGAGGGCAAGAGGAGAUGGCGGAGGCAGGGUAGGUUGGGAACUCACCGGAUUAAGAGAGGAUGGGUGUGGAACCAGUUCUUUGUCCUGGAGGAGUACAUGGGAUCUGAACCUCAGUAUGUUGGAAAGCUCCACACAGAGAUGGACCAGGGAGAUAAUGCAGUGAAAUAUACACUCUCAGGAGAGGGAGUGGGGUCUGUCUUCACCAUUGACCAAAUGACAGGAGAUAUACAUGCACAGGUGGUGCUUGACAGGGAGAAAAAAUCGUACUAUACGCUGAAGGCCCAGGCUGUUGACGUUCAUACAGGCAUCCCUCUUGAGCCAGAGUCUGAGUUUAUCAUCAAGGUGCAGGAUAUUAAUGACAAUGAACCUCAGUUCCCAGAUGGACCCUACAGCGCCAGCAUCCCAGAGAUGUCCCCAACAGGAACCUACGUGACACAGGUGACUGCCACAGAUGCAGAUGACCCCACGUAUGGCAACAGUGCUCGCGUUGUCUACAGCAUCCUUCACGGCCAGCCCUACUUCUCUGUGGACCCCAAAACAGGUAUAAUUCGGACAGCUCUGGCCAACAUGGACCGUGAGGUGAAAGAGGAAUACCAGGUUCUUCUCCAGGCCAAGGAUAUGGGUGGUCAACUGGGGGGACUGGCCUCCACCACCAUCAUCAAUAUCACCCUGACUGAUGUCAAUGACAACCCUCCACGCUUCACUAAGAGUAUUUUUAAUCUUCAUGUACCAGAGUCAGCAUCAUUGGGUGCAGCUGUGGGACGAAUUCAAGCCCAGGAUUUGGAUGUAGGCAGCAACGCACGGGUGGAGUAUGCCAUUGUUCCAGGAGAUGAGGGCAACGUGUUUGACAUCAUCUGUAAUGGUCAAACUCAAGAAGGGAUAAUUGUUCUGAAAAAGACUCUUGACUAUGAAACCCAAGCGUCCUAUACUUUCAAGGUGGAAGCAUUUAAUGCAGAGCUAGAUCCCCGUUUCCUCCAUCUGGGGCCCUUCAAGGACUCUGUGACAGUCGAAAUUAACGUACUGGAUGUGGACGAGCCUCCUGUCUUCACCACGCCUUACUAUUCUUUGGACGUAUACGAGGACACUCCCCCAGGAACCAUCAUUGGCUCAGUGACCGCUUAUGACCUGGAUGCUAGUAGCAGUGCUGUCAGGUAUUCUCUGGAGUGGCAGACUGGCUCUGACAGCUUUUUUGACAUUGAGACGGUGGAAGGAAUCAUAUCCACUAAUGAAUACUUGGACAGAGAGACAGCUGUUCAGCACAAUAUCACUGUGGUGGCAACUAAACUUAAUAAUCCUUCGCUGUCUGCAGAAGUGUUAGUGAAGGUCAACGUCCUGGAUGUGAAUGAGUUCCCUCCUCAGCUCACUGCUCCUUCAGAUACAUUCGUCUGUGAGAACUCCAGAGCUGGACAGGUGAUCCAGACAGUUGGCGCUGUGGACGAGGACCAGCCCCCUGUAGGCCAGAGGUUCUUCUUCAAGUCCUCCAAGGAGCUCCGAAACAGAAACUUCACUGUUAGAGAUUAUGGAAACAACACUGCUGGGAUUGUGACUCGACAUUCAGCUUUCCAGCGGCGGCUGCAGGAUGUCUACAUCCUUCCUGUUGUAGUUGAGGACAGCGGUUACCCCGCUCAGAGCAGCACAGCUACCCUGACCAUCAGAGUGUGUUCCUGUGAGACUGUGGGCUCACCUCUGACCUGCUCACCAGUGGCCAUGUUCCUGCCCGCUGAGCUCAGUGCUCAAGCUUUGUUGGCUAUUCUUCUGAGCAUUGCUCUGCUGAUUGGUAAGCUAGUCUCGCUAUAAUGUUGUGUCAUGUAUAAACACUCAAACUCUGGGGUUAGCGCUGCAAACUGCAGUCUUAUGUGCAG